GGUAUCCUAUAUCCUCUUAGUUCAGAAUUGGAGCGCAUUGAGCUUUACGGCGAUCAGCCAGUGACUUGUAUUGGUCGGAACCCCGAAGAUAACGAUGCAGUCCUUCUCGGUCUUCAAGUCAGCAACAAGCACUGCAAGAUCACGUUGGACGGUCGGGGCGACGGAAAUUUUCAUGUCACGGUGACUGAUUACUCUACCAACGGUACCUGGAUUAACGGGUCCAAUAUAGGAAAGGGUCAAACUCGGAUUCUGAAAGACGGGAAUGAGAUUGCAUUUGGGCAGUCCCGCGCGCAGCGCUAUCCGCCUGCAACAGAUUACCGUUAUAUUUAUCGCCGCUGCGCCUCGACUCCCCCCACUGGUCUUCACGCACAUUACGACGUUGGGCACCAACUCGGCCAAGGUAGCUUUGGCACCGUAUCCAAAGCUCUCUCGCGAAAGACCGGCAUAUGGUAUGCUGUCAAGGUUAUCCCUCGCCAAAGAAACCAAAAAUUCGUGUCGGUCAUUGCUCAGGAAAUCGCGGCCAUGGAAAAACUUCAACACAAGAAUAUAUGCCAGAUAGAGGAGGUAUUUUUCUCGGAACAUUCUAUCAGCCUCGUCCUUGAGUAUAUAGAUGGGGGAGAUCUAAUGGGUUUCAUUCGCAAACACAAUGGCUUAGAUGAAUUUACGGCCUGCAACAUGACCCAUCAGAUUACGACCGCAAUGGCUCACAUUCAUGGGCGCGGGAUCAUUCAUCGUGAUCUCAAGCCUGAAAACAUUCUGCUGACGUCAGACAACCCACCCAUCGUCAAAAUCGCCGACUUCGGUCUCGCCAAAAUUGUCGACAUCCAAACGAUCGUGAAGACAGAGUGUGGAACACCGACCUUCAUGGCCCCCGAAGUCAUGACACGCCAGAGUUACAGCCAUCUUGUCGACUCUUGGAGUGUCGGCAUCAUCGUCUACGGGAUGAUGACUACCUACUUGCCGUUCUUCGAAGAUCCCCCCAUGGACAUCAGGAUCCAGGUUGCUGACCGCACGAUCGACUUGUCCGCUCUCGAUAAUGUUAAGCCAAGCAGUGCAGCUAAACACUUCAUCGAGUCCCUCCUCCAAUAUGACCCCAAUCGUCGACUGUCUCUUAUCAACGCGGAAAAACACCCGUGGCUCGUCAAGCACAAUACUAUACUCACCAUCGAUCCCAACCUCGAUACCGAGGCCCGGUCGAUCGGGCCCGAGCUCGUGUCUACCGGUGAGCGAUGUCAUUUUCUCGGUGUACAUGUCAGGCCUAACGUAGACUCACGUCUCCACAGAGCGCUUUUUCGAGGCGAACAA